UGACUAGACUAAUAGAUGUAUAGUACUAAACUCAUAUUUUCUCCCAUUCAGCUCCUAAUUACAAUGGCCUUCAACCAGCCUGUCAAGCUGUUCUCAAUGAAGCUCCUGUCCUCUGACUUCGCCCAGGCACCAAAGUGUGUGAAGAUCUUCAUUAACCUGCCUCGCUCCAUGGACUUUGACGAUGCUGAGCGUAGUGAGGCCACCCAGACCCUGGACCUGGCAGAGGAGGAUUUCAAGGACGACGGACUGAUUCCACUGAGAUACGUCAAAUUCCAGAAUGUCCAGAGCGUCACCAUGUUUGUGAAGAACAACCAUGGGGAUGAGGAGACAACGAAAAUCAAUUACCUUACUUUUAUUGGGACUCCUGUACAGGCAACGAACAUGAAUGACUUCAAACGGGUUGUGGGCAAGAAAGGAGAGAGUCACUGAUAAGGAAGAGAGGAGGAGAAGACUGUCCGUAUUGCUGCGACGAUCCCUCCCAGGACUUCCCUCUUGUCUGUCUGCCAAAGCUGCCACUGGGAGGGUUAGGGUCUGCUCCACUGUAACAACACAAGACAACCAAUGCUGCCACUGGGAGGGUUAGGGUCCGCUCCACUGUAACAACACAAGACAACCAAUUCUGUGUUCCAAAUAGCACACUAUUCCCUUUUCUUAAAGUACACUAUGAUCCAGAGGUGUCAGCGGUCAAAAGUAGUGCAUUGUAUAGUGAGUCAUUGGGGACACACCCACCCGACCUAACGUUUAUACGAGCUUGUUCUCCUCCGUCUGCCAGUGACGAGGCAACUCGCUCAAUUCAUUCAACAUUUUUUUUAAUUGUAAUUCAGACAAACAAUGUAAAUAAACACAAUCCUUUUUCAAAGGCAAA